UAGAAAUGUGGCGCCUGGUUUUUAAAGAGCGCGUUUGCUGGUCUUAGGGAUGCAAGAGGACUGCCCUCCCUCCGGACUCGAACCGGCGGAGCUGUGACCUGCGCAGGCAGCGGCCAGCAGCGCAAGUUGCGAGCGGGGGGAGGGUGUAGGAGCAGCAGCAGCACCAGCAGCGAGCGAGCGAGCGAGCGAGGGCAGCGUUGGAAAGUGUUAAUCAGGAGGAGGAAAAGGCGCGCGGUAAGCGCAGCUCUGCACUCGAACGUCACUCCGGUGCAGGGGGUUAGUGAAGUGACUGUGGCGCCUGGGGACUGGAGGCACUCACUCGUCGGACUGACUCCAGUCAGGUAUUCCAUACACUGAGCAAUGUCUCCAUUAGCGCGCUGCUGUGGCUGCUGCUCUCUCCAAAGCGAGCCGCUGCGAGCGAGGCGAAAAGACGCGGCCACCCUUUGCCAUGGACAAGCUCUCGCCAGGAGAUCCUAGGCGCAGCCCGGCGUGAUUGCAGCCCCUAGGAAGCUCGGAUUAUCCAUCACUCGGGACCACACGGCACAGCGAGGCAGCCUGCGGAGCUCGCGGAUCCAGCGCCUCUCCUGGUUGUUCCUGGAGCCUGGGAUCCCCCCGUGGCCAUGUCCUACCCCCAGUUCGGAUACCCCUACUCGUCUGCACCCCAGUUCCUGAUGACCACCAACUCCUUGACCACUUGCUGUGAGACCACCGGCAGGACCCUCACGGACUCUGGGGCCGCAGCCUCGGCUCAGACCCCCGUCUAUUGCCCCGUGUACGAGAGCAGGCUGCUAGCCACGGCCAGGCACGAGCUCAACUCGGCAGCUGCCCUGGGAGUCUAUGGGAGUCCCUACACGAACACGCAAGGCUAUGGCAACUACGUGACCUACGGGACGGAGGCGUCGGCUUUCUACUCCUUGAACAGCUUUGAUUCGAAGGAUGGGAGCGGAUCUGCGCAUGCGGGAAUCACCCAGGCGGCUGCCUACUAUCCAUACGACCACACGCUCAGUCAGUAUCAAUAUGACAGAUAUGGUACCAUGGAUGGAGGGACGCGGAGGAAAAACGCCACUCGGGAGACCACUAGCACGCUGAAGGCCUGGCUGCAGGAGCACCGCAAGAACCCCUACCCGACCAAAGACCUGCUUGGGAUCUGCUCAAGAGUUGAAGACCAAAAGACUGAAAGUUAA